UGUGGUAGCCUCUGACAGCACAGAGCGAUACGAUCAUACUCUCGAUUGCUGGGAGGACCUUCCGCCCAUGCCACAUCCCAUGGAUAACUGUUCCACUACAUCGUGUAGGGGACAACUCUACGCCAUUGGCUGUUUAACUGGAGAGGACACAAUUGCAAUUCAGUGCUAUGAUGCUGAAAGCAACCGCUGGUCACUAGUGAACAAUGGAGAACUGCCUCCUUGGUCCUUUGCCCCCAAAUCAGUGACCUUAAAUGGGUUGAUCUACUUUGUAAGAGAUGAUUCGGCAGAAGUAGAUGUCUUCAACCCACAGAAAAACAAUUGGGAUAAGAUUAGUCCCAUGACACAAGUUCAUGUUGGAGGCAGUGUAGCAGCCCUGGGCGGUCGACUCUAUGUGUCCGGUGGCUAUGACAACACUUUUGAGCUAUCUGAUGUGGUGGAGGUCUACGACCCCUCUACUCGAGCUUGGACCCCAGCUGGCCGGCUUCCCCAGCCCACCUUCUGGCAUGGAAGUGUCAGCAUAUUCCGACAAUUCAUGCCUCUUGUUCCAAGCACCUUUGAACAUUUAGACAUACCUGAGGCCAACGCCAUCCACCUCCACAGACACCACCGCAACCAGGCACUUCACAACCACAACAACAAUGUCAAUCAGAACCACAACCAAGAUGUCAAUGAAGUGCACUGAGAACUUUUGAAUGUGACGUUGCUACUAGGUGUUUUGCACUUUAUGACAUAUUCCCCUCUGCAAAGGGAGCUGGUGAAUGGACAAUCAAUGUUUAAAUGAUUUCCCUCAGUAACCCAGUGUUACUACAGCUUUAAUUUUUGCAUGCAUUUCUAAUGCUGACUAUGUUUACCAGAGUGUGUUCAACAGAUUUGAGUGAAGUGACUCAUGAAAUAGUGCCGUCAUGUUUGGCAAAUUUCGAGCAAUCCAUACCAUGGAAAUUGCAUGAAGGUUAUGAACAUUUUUCUAUUUUUAUUUAUUCUAUAAUUCAGCAUGGACCUCCUAAAGUGAUCUGCAACAUUGCAACUUCAAGUCAACAUCCACAAAUAAUAUAAUAUAAAUGCCAUAACCUAAUGUGAAGUAAAAUGGCUUUUUAAAAAUUAUACAAUUUUGAGACCCAAAAUUCCAUCAUUACAUCAUUCCAAAAGGUUAUUGUAACGUGAUUCAACAGUAUUCUGCAAUGUGGAUAACAAAUGUUAUUUUAUAUACACAGUGAAAAGUCUGAAAUUAAAUAUUUAGGAGAAUCUAAGAUUUUCCAAAAACAUAAUUUUGUUUGACAGAUAAACAUAACUGUGUGCCAGCAUAACCCAUUGUUUGAUAUUCAUCUUGCUAGAAUUACAUACUUACAAUCUAGCAUGCAUGCAGUGAUCACAUUUUAUGUGAAUUUGUAUCCGACUUGCGUUUCAACCUGUAUUUUAAUAUUAAAUUAAGUUUAUUAUUAUCUAGUCAUAGUUUAUUUUAGAGGAAGGUUUGUUACAGUUUAAGUGGAACAGCUUGUGUAUAUUAAGCUGUCUGUGAUCAUGAAGAAAACAUGACGAAUGGAUGAAGGUAUUGUAUUUUGAUGUCAAACUGUAUUCAGAUGCUGUACUAAUAACUGGAAUAGUAAUUCAGUAUCUCGUUAUUCUUGAGGAAAUGUAUUUGUUUGAUGAUACCAGUACUUAUGAAACAAAUUAAUUAUCUAUAACACGCAGCUGCAGCCUGUAACUUCUGGCGCUCUAGCGGUUAAAGGGAUAGUUCACCCAAAAAAUGAAAAUUUGAUUCUCUGCUUACCCCCCAGGGCGUCCAAUAUGUAGGUGACUUCGUUUCUUAAGUAGAGCACAAAUUAUGAUUUUCAGCUUCGGUAGUUGCAGUCUCUGGUAACAAAAUGGACACAAAUCAUUUUGUGUCUUUACACAUCAAUGUAUCGACACGAGCCGCAGGGUUUAAUAUAGAUUUGUCUGUGCAUGUUUGUUUUUUUUUACUUUCAUAAAUUUUGUUACCAUUUGCCAUGGAUUGUACAGCUGAGAGACUGCAACGCCUGAAGUAAAAAAUCAUAAUUGUGUUCCUACAUGUAACCUACAUAUUGGAUGCCCUGGGGGUAAGCAGAUAAACAUAAAAUUAGAAUUUUGGGGUGAACUAUCCCCUUAAUAAACUGAACUGCCUGUGUCUUGCAGAAGAACAUUGUAGCCAGAGCUAUUUCUCUCUGUUUAUGUCUAUAGUGAAUCACACAGGUAAUGUGUGUAAUGUUUCUUUGUGUGGUCAAUUAAUAAAUGACUGCCAGCGCUGUUCCUUUU